AUGGGUCGCCGUCCUGCUCGCUGCUACCGCUACCAAAAGAACAAGGCCUAUCCAAAGUCCCGCUUCUGUCGGGGUGUCCCUGACCCCAAGAUCCGCAUAUACGACCUUGGGCGCAAGAAGGCCAACGUUGACGAGUUCCCACUGUGUGUCCACUUGCUCUGCGAUGAGAAGCAGCAGAUCACAUCCGAAGCACUCGAGGCUGGUCGUAUCUGCGCCAACAAAUACAUCUCCAAACACUCCGGAAAGGACUCCUUCCACAUGCGUGUCCGUCUCCACCCCUUCCACGUCUUGCGUAUCAACAAGAUGUUGUCCUGCGCCGGUGCUGAUCGUCUUCAGACCGGUAUGCGUGGUGCCUACGGUAAGCCCAUGGGUACCGCUGCCCGUGUCGACAUUGGUCAGGUCAUCUUCUCGGUCCGUACCAAGGAUAACAACAAGGCCGUUGUCAUUGAGUCUCUCCGCCGUGCCAAGUUCAAGUUUGCAGGUCGCCAGAAAAUCAUUGUCUCUAAGAAAUGGGGUUUCACUAAGCUCGCUCGCGAGGAGUACAUUGAGAAGCGUGCCGCCGGUCAAUUGCAGCCUGAUGGAUGCUACGUCAAGUACUUGAAUCAGAAGGGAUCUCUAAAGAAUUACUUUCAGAAGACCCUGAAUGCCCAGGCCUAAAUUCGCGGAUUGGCCUUAUCCUUCGCUUGAGCGCUCCAUUGUUUGGGUCCACUAUCCAUUGGUUCUUACCAUUGAUUAACUGCACAGGCAACACUUAGAGCAACGAUACUUGCCAUCCAUUUUUUUUUUUUUUCAUUGUACAUGUACCUGAGAUGUAUAAUAAAAAAGUCGCGUGCCUUGCUUGAAGCUCGCGAAAGUGGC